AUGCCCGGUGCGGGAAUGCCGCCGCAGCAAAUGCAACAACAGCAGGCGCCGCAGUCGCAGGCGCCGCAUCAGCGCAUGGAUAAUACCCAGAUCGUCAUGAGUCAAGUCGCCCACGAGCUUCAACAGCAGCCUCCACUCGGCGGUUGGAAGGAUGAGGUUCCCAUCAAAGUUCGAGCAAUGAACGUCUACCAGAUGAUAACUUCACUCCGAUUGAUCCAACCUCGAAUUGAUCUGAAGCAAGCGGCCACCGCUGCUAUCUCAUUCGAGACCAAUGCCUUCAAAAAGGCCAACGCACGGAGCGACUACGAAAAAGAUUGCGCCGAGAAACUAAACCACAUCAAGGACACUCGCCAGAGACAAGCUGCUGCACUUCAGUCUGGAAUGACACCUCAAGUGGGACCAACAAUGCAGGGUCAGAUGCAGGGACAGAUGCCUGGACAGAUGCCGGGCCAAAUGCAGGGCCCGAUGCAGGGCCCGAUGUCAGGGCAAAUGUCGAACCAGAUGCCUGGCCAGAUGGUGGGCGGUUUCAUGCCACACAUGAAUGGAAACAUCCAAAACUCUCCCGUUUCCCAGGCGCAUCCUCAGAUGGCAAUGGCCCUGGAUGGUCCCAAUCAGCAAGCUGCAAUGCAGCAACGUCACCAAAUGCAGCAGCGUCAGCAAAUGCAUCAGCGUCAGCAAAUGCAUCAGCAACAGCAGCAGCAGCAGCAUGCUAUGCUUCAGCAGCAGCAGCAACAACAGCAGCAGCAGCAGCAGCAGCAGCAACAGCAUCAACAACAACAACAGCAGCAGCAGCAGCAGCAGCAGCAGCGACUCCAACAACGCCCUUCCGAGGAUAUUCCCGGAGUCAAUGAUGAUGCCUCUGGUUUCCAAUACUUGAAUUCUGAACACGUCACUCAGCUUGCAAUGCAGAUGCAGCGACGGUACACCGAGGAAGAUUUUGUCAAAAUCAGGAGAAAUAUGGCUACCAACCUGAGUGACAAUCAGAAAAUGUUCCUCCAGCAGCGCGGGAUUGACCCAAUCCAGUACUUUUUUCGUAGCCAGGCAGCGUUGAACCUGCGACGCCGUAUGUCACGUCCGGCAAACGCCCAGGCUGGCCAACCUGGCAUUUCCGCGAACAGUGUCGGCCCAGCUAAUGACGGAUUGAGUCAACAAGCAAUGGUGCAGAACAUGAUGAAUCUACAGCGCAGCAACACGGCGUUCCCGAACAAUGCACAGGCCCAGGAUUCGAACACGUUCUUCGGCAGCGUUGAAAACAUUCAGGGUCAACAAGCCGAUGGUGUCCGAUCACAGGAGGCGGGCCAAUUAGUUGUGCCCGCCAGCUCGUCUCAAAUGGGCCAGGCGUCUCUCAACAACCAGCAGAACCAGUUUGCUCAGCAGCCUGGACCCAAUGGUCACGCUAAAGACAUGAUCAAUCCCGUUGGAAUGAAUACUCAGAUGUUCCCACCGCACAACAUGCAACAGCAGCAAGUGAUGGUGCAGAAUGCCCGAGCGCAAGCCGCUCACAACGCACAGAUCGCGAUGUCCGGUCAAGUUAACCCGCAACCUCCGGCUCAGUUCAACCAGCAGCAGAUGUCCAUGCUCAACCAAGGCAUGUCCCCUAACCAGACUUCUCCGGUUCCUGGGGCUGCUCAAGUUCGGCCACCGUCUCGUCCCGCGCCUAUGGGGCAAGUUCCCGGUGGUCUGCCAGGUGCACGUCAAGGUGUCCAGGGCCGACCCAUGAUACCUUCAACCCUCCCUCAAGCAGUUCGAGACCAACUGAACUCAAUGUCUGAUCAGCAGCUUCGAGAUUUCUUCGAAAAUCAGCGACGCAAUCUUGCUCACAACCAACCCCGGGGAAAUGGAUCACAUCCUCUAGCCCAGCCGCAGCAGCAACCUUCGCAGGCUGCGCUCCCUCAAGAAGCUCGAAACCAAUUCUUUGGCGGCCCGCUGAACAAUAACAUGAGGAAUUCUAUGAACCUACAUGCUUCCACGAAUCCAUCAGCUGCUAUGAAUCUUGGAGGUGGCGUCAAUCAGAAUCAACCUCCGGCCAACACAACGGUCAUGACUCCGCAGCAACAAGCGGCUUUCUUGCAACGUCAGCAAGAGCUAUUCCGAUUGAACGCUCUUCGUCAGCAGAGUAACGGCAAUGAGAUGACUGCUGAACAGUUGCAGGAAAUGGACCGGGUCCAGUUCCCGCAACCUAUGAUCGCCAAUUACCCUCAGGUUCCCCAACACAUUAAGACUUGGGCGCAGCUAAAGGCUUGGUCAAAAGGUAACCCCCUGAACAACCAGGGGUUGGAUCCUGCUCGGCUUUCGAACAUGCAAAAGCUUCAUUUUGCCCACAUAGCGAACUCAAAACGUGCACAGCAAACUCAGCAUGGUCAGCCGAACCAGCUAGGGCAACAGAUGCCUCCUUCGCAGCCAAGUCACCAGCACUUGCAGAAUCAGCAUCAAUCCAACCAAGCGCAGCAGGUCUUUCAAGGUCCAAUCGCGGGUCAAAUCCCUCAAGGCACCCAAAAUCCCCCAAGCCAGCCAUCCCCUAUGGUCCUGCGGCCCAUCGUGCAACAGGAUAUCGACCAUGCGCGCGAGAAAUUGGGAAGCAAAGGGCCCAACUUCACAGACGACCAAAUUCGUGAACUCCUGAAAAAGCGACAGCGGCUGAUCUACGAGCAGACUAAUAAUGCUCUACAAGCCCAGCAAAAUAUGUUCAUGGUGACUCAACCAGGACCGCAUCCAGCAGGCGUCGUGCCCCACAACCCGGUACAGACUCAGCCACUGCCGGUACUGCAACAACCUCCACCAGGGUCAGUUGACGUGCAGCAUUCGAAUCCGCGCCUGCAGCAAGUGACCAAUGCCACCUCGAAGAGUGGAACUGCCUCAGUCUCCAGCAACCAGAAAUCGAGAAAGAGACCUAGUCCGGACGAUGGAUUUGACACAACGGUUCAGGGGAACUCUAACGCUUCCCAGCAGAAUCAAAGUCUCACGGCCCCUGCUGUUCCUGCCCCUUCGAGCGUGGUAGCAAAUGUGCCCACUUCGCAGGAGGCUCCUUCCGCCCACGUUUCUCAGAACCUUGGACCCGACGUGGCUGCCAGACGACCUCCCCCUCAGACCUUCUUCCGUGGUCAAUACCUUGAUCGAGCUGUGGCCGAGCACAAUUGGAACACCAACAUUUCUCCUGAACUUCUGGAGAAUUACCGAGAAAUUGGCAAGACUGCCCCGCCCUCAGGCGCCCUGGAUCUGGCACCGGAGGUUAAGGAACAAAUGAAGCAGUCCAUGAUUGAUGCUCUGGAGCUUUUGUCUCGACUGGAUGUGGCUGUGCGCGCUUACAUGGGAGCACCCAAUCCUGAACGCAAUCUGAGAAAGCUGUUCGCUGUGCGACACCAAUUGUGGCGUCAAUUCAAGAAUCAACACGACUGGACUGUUACCGAUCAGUUCACCGUCGCGCCCGACUACCUCUCUGGCGCUUUGAUGUACAUUCGCAAACUUUUCCAGAUGGUACUUCUUCGCAUCCAACAAGACAGACGGGCUCUUACUGAGCAGGGCACCGCUUCGACUGAAUCAGAACAGCCUCCUCAGACAUCCGCUUUGACCCCUGCAAAUCUCCAGCAAUUGCAGCAGCAAGAGGAAGCUCUGCAGCGCGCUGCCCGCGCCCCUAGCCAGUCUGCAAAUGUUCCCGCAGCACCUCUCGCUGCUCCUUCGCCCCAGGGCGUUCCGGCCUAUGGCCCCGGCGCGUUGGCUCCCGAAAACCUCAAGCUUCCACCACCGAAGAGGCGCAAGGUCUCAGAAGCCGGGCCUGUCGCGGUCCCCAAGACUCCAGUAGUUGCUGACACGGAAUCAAGCUACAAGAACGCCACCGUGGACGUCAAGCAAGCGACUGCGCCUGCGAGUGGCCCAUUCAAGUGCUCCGAACUGGAUUGUCCAAACCAUUACAAGGGAUUCCCCACCUUGGACGCCAUGAAUAAGCACAUUGAGGAAAAUCACAAGCCUGAGACCGAGGAGGUCACUGGAGACGUUUGCGAUUACUUCCGAGAGAGUGUCAAAAUAGGCCUAGGACUUGCUCCUGGCUCUAAAAAGGAACCCUGGCCAGUCGUUAAAGAACGUCUUCGCACAGCCUUCAAACCAAUUGUUGACCACAUUCGUCGUCAGGAUGGUACAGAUGUGAUUCGUGCCAUUACCGCUGAAUUCCUAGCGGACGAGGAGCGAAGACGCAGACGCUGGGCUAAAAAGGGCGACACUACUGGUGAUGCUACUCGUGACACUACUGAUGACACUACCCGUGAAGAUUCUACUGAGGAAACUCCCGAAUCAGACGGGCUGGACGACUUCCCCGAGGACAAUGAUGACAAUCCAUUAGGCUCGAAUGAACCGGUUGAAUGGGAUUCGUGGCUCGCAGAUUGGGACGAGGAGUCCGUCAUGGUUGCUGCGGAAUGGAUGCGAAUUCCGGAGAAAUACCAGGACCCAAAGGCUGGUAUCAAGAAACCUUUGACAGUCGACUUUGAUCGCCUUGAACGUGAGCAGCGAGAGGCUCGGGAGGCCAAGGCGGCCAAGGAAGCCAAGUCUGGCUCCAAGGGACGUGCUGUUCCCAUCUCCACUCGUGCAUAA